AUGAACCUAAUUGCAUCUGAAUCGAAAGCUCUUAUAGUUUCAGUCGAGUACAGGCUCGCUCCAGAGCACCCUUUGCCUGCGGCUUAUGAAGAUUGCUGGGAUGCUACUCAGUGGGUCGCUUCACACGCCGUUGACGGAAAUGAUGAUGGUGGCGAUAAAGAACUCUGGUUGAUCAACCAUGGCGAUUUUGAGAGGAUUUUCAUUGGUGGGGACAGUGCUGGAGGUAAUAUUGUACAUAACAUCGCCAUGCGUGCUGGUGUUGAGAGCUUUCAUGGCGAUUUGAAGAUCUUGGGAGCUUUUAUUUCUUGCCCUUACUUCUGGGGAUCCAAGCCUAUGGGAUCGGAGCCGACUGAAAGCCGUGAACAGAUGUUGCUUUACAGAUUGUGGAUGCGUGCUUAUCCUUCGGCGCCUAGUGGCAUUGACAACCCAAUGAUCAAUCCAUUUGCCGGUGAUGCGCCAAGCUUGUCGGGGCUUGGAUGCUCGAAGGUGUUGGUGUGUGUUGCAGAGAAGGAUCAUCUAAGGGACAGAGGUGUACAUUAUGUUGAGGCUGUGAAGGAAGGAAGUGGAUGGAAAGGUGAAGUGGAGCUUGUUGAGGUUGAAGGAGAAGACCAUUGUUUUCACAUCAUCACUCCCGACACUGAGAGUGCAAAGAAUCUCGUAAAGCGCUUGGCUUCUUUUAUUGCACAGUGA